GACGCAUAAUUGAGCCGCCGUCGCUCGGCUGCACGGGUUCGAGUCCCAGUGUCGGCUGCUAUGGCGGACGCGGAGCCCGAGGCUGAGGACGGCAGCGAGGACGGCGGCGGCCGGGCGACCCCCGGCCAGAGGGACAGCGCCACUCGCACGGCCCCGCUGGGCCCCGAGCAGCUUCGGCAGGUCCUGGAGCAGGUGACGAAGGCUCAGCCGUCUGCCGAGCCGCCUCCGCCGCCCUUCGUGCUGCAGGACGCGGCGCGGCGGCUGCGGGACGCGGCGCAGCAGGCCGCCUUGCAGCAGGGCCCCAGCGCGGAGCCCCAGCGCCCGCCGCGCCUACUGCCGCCCCAGCAACUGGAAGCCAUUUGUGUCAAGGUAACAUCUGGAGAAAUGAAAGGUCAGGAAAGGCCAGUGCCCCCACUGGCCACCAUCCAGCCCAAGCCAGCCAGGCUGAGCCAGCUGCCUGCGAGGCCUUGCAGGGUGCUGGGGCUCCGGGCGCAGCCCCCACUGAGCACCGCGCCCCAGCCACGCUGCCCGAGCAGCUCCCCUCCCGUUCAGGUGUUUGUACAGAGUCCACUGCCCGCCCUCCAGCCACUGGCUCCGAAUGGACAGGGUGCCACGCUGGCUCGUUUGUCAGCUUCUGACCCACCAGAGGCAACAUCUGUGUCAUCCAGAUCAGCGAAUUUAUUUCUUUCCAACCUGCACACGAAACACACUGAGAAACUAAAAAAAUCCUUAAAAGUGAAAACACGUUCUGGACGGAUUUCUCGACCUCCCAAGUAUAAAGCUAAAGAUUAUAAAUUCAUAAAAACGGAGGAUUUGGCUGACGGUCACUUGUCGGAUUCUGAUGAUUAUUCAGAACUGAGUGUGGACGAAGAGGAGGAGCAGGGGGAGAGGCAGGUGCCCUUUGACUUGUCCAGCUGCUCCCUGAGGCCUAAGACUUUUAAGUGUCAGACGUGUGAAAAAUCCUACAUUGGAAAGGGGGGCCUGGCUCGGCAUCUUAAACUGAAUCCAGGCCACGGCCCGCCGGAGGUGUUGCUGUCUGAGAAGGCCAACGGAGGUGCGACUCAAGGCUGCGCAGGGGACAGGAGUGUGAGCCUGACGUCGACGGGGCCGUCCGCGCCCGCCCUUCUAAGUGAGGAGGGGGCCCAGUCGCCACGGGCCGGGCUGCAGAAUAGCCAGUCUGUGGAAGCUGAAGAGGCCUUGGUGUCUGAACCAGAAAUCGGAAGUUGUUCAGCCCUUUUGGGAUCAGAGGGACACGCAGGCCCCAGAAGAAGUGACUCGUCCACAGCCCCUGCGGAGGCCAGCACAGCCGUCGUCGGGCAGAGCGGAGCAGCUCACCCACCCAGGGGUGCCCGUGCGGGAGGCGCACAGAGCGCUCCGAGGGCCAGAGCCAGGCUCAAGGAGUUUCUGCACCAGUGUGACCGAGACGCUCUGGUGGAGCUGGCGCUGCCUCGGCUGGCUCAGGUUGUGACCGUGUACGAGUUUCUUCUGACGAAGGUUGAAACAGGUCAUCUAGCAAAACCUUUGUUCCCAGCUGUGUAUAAGGAAUUUGAAGAGUUGCACAAAAUGGUUAAGAAAAUGUGUCAGGAUUACCUCAGUGGUUCUGGUCUACGUUCCCAGGAGCCUCUGGAAAUAAGCAACAAUAAGCUGACGUCAGGGAACAGCGCAGUUGCUGCAGUCCCCGUGACAGGAUCAGGAAGGUCCCCUCAGCUGGAAGCAGAGAAGCCGGGGCCCAGCUCGGUGCUCAGACCCCACACCCUCACCCUUUGCACUGCCUGGAAAAGGAGACCUCCUUCUGGAAUGGAUAGGAUUCUUUUUCUGAAGGUGGCCGAGUCUUUGGGAAUCACAGAAUUCCUGAGGAAGCAGGAACUCCCAGAGUGCGUCCUAGCCGAGCGGGGGCCGGGCCGGGCCGGGCUGGAGGAAGCCGGCCAGCAGAAGCGGGGAAACGAGCCUGCAGAGGAGGGACUGGCCUGGGUGAAGAGGACCAGAAGAGAAGCUCCGCCCCGGGAUGCCCCUGAGCCUUCUGACCGUGGAGGCCCGCAGAAGCCCUCCUCCUGCGCCCCCGCUGCCGGUGAGGGUUGUGCCCCUCAUGUCAGCGGGAACAUCGCUCACCACUCUGAAGAAAGCCACACGAUGCCAGUUUCUGGUAGUGACAGAAGCGUGUUGCAUGCAGGCCAGCAGCUUAAAGCAUUUGCUGACUUAGAGGCCAAGAGUGGGUCUGCAGCUCCUGCUCUCUCGUGUCAGCACAUCGGUGGGCCGAGUCUUUGUCCUCGGUUAGGAGAGCCCGGGACGCAGAUGCAGGGACAGGUGGCAGCAUUCGCUGAAGAGAAUGCUCAGGAACGCUCUGUAGCCUGGAAUGCUGGGGACAGCCGGAGGAGCCGGGGUCUCUGCGGGACCCUGACGACCACUGCAGGAGUGGAAUCCCUGCCGCCUUCUGGGUCUGGAAACCUUGAGAUGUGGGACUCCCACCAGAAGGGCCAGUGGUCCAGCCCCAGCCAUGUCCUGCUUACAGAGGUAGCCGGCCGUCCACUGGCGAAGGUUUUGUCCGUGGACACGGUGCCAGCUGACUGUGCCCACAGGACCGCAUGGGAGCUGGGGCUGGGCCAGGCGGGGUCGCUGUCCGCUGAUGGGGGCCAGGGAUGCCGUGCAGGGGACUCGGACCACUUCUCCUGCAGGCCCGAGGCCCAUGCUGACCAGCGAGGACUGGAGAGUAUUGUUGCUGUUGGCGAAGCCGUGGCUUUUGAAAUUACCAGUGGGUGCCAUGAGUUGUCUCAGGGACAAGAACCGCUAUUCAUUCAGACCUCCGAUGGGCUGAUCUUGUCCCAUCAGGGUUCCCUAGUGACUGGGGAGGAGGACCUCGUCCUGGUGACUGGUGUGGAGGGGCCUGCCCUUCACACGGGCCCCCGGGAAGGGGCUCCCCCAGAAAGCACAGAGGCAGAGGCCACACGGUGAAGUCAGACCACAGUCCUGGACGUGUGGGGUGUUUUAUCCAGAGAAGGUCUAUUUGAAGUAAUGUAUAUUUUUCUAUUGUGAAUACUGAUACAAACGAAUGUCUUAUUUAUAAAGGAUGUCCUUUCUA